AUGCUGCAUUAUAGAUUUAAGAUCCACAGACGAGUACUUGUUCAAAGAUGGAUACCGAUUUUUUUAAUUCUUUUAGGGCUCUGUUUCACCAUUCGUUAUCUUAAUACAGGGUCUUACGACAUAGAAAGGCUGAAAGGGUACGAAUUUGAAGAUAGGUUUUCGAAAAAAGCGUUGAAACUGGCCCCGAUGUCAGAAAGAGAAAUAAACUCAGACACAGACGCGGUGUUUGUUAGUGGGUGUAGAGACCCCAAGGUGGAAGCGAAGAACGCCCGCAUGAAUGCCGCAUUUGUUGUCUUGGCAAGAAAUUCAGAAGUGGACGGAGUGGUCUCGUCGAUGAAGUCGCUGGAACGGCAUUUUAAUCAAUGGUUCAACUACCCUUGGAUUUUCCUUAAUAAUGAACGAUUCUCUCAUGAGUUUAAAAAGAGAGUUUCGGAAGUGAGCAGUGGUCCAGUCAGAUUUGGCGUGGUGACUCCACCCAAGUGGAACUUCAAAGAGCAGAAGAGCGACCCUGUUUACUUCAAAGAGGCUGUGGAGUCCCAGGGCGAUAGAUGUAUCAUGUAUGGAAACACAGCAAGCUAUCACAACAUGUGUCGGUUUUAUUCCGGCUUUUUUUUCAAUCAUCCACUGGUCAAAAAACUCGACUACUACUGGCGUGUGGAGCCAGAUGUGGACUUCUAUUGCGAUCUGACAUACGAUCCAUUUUUGGAAAUGAGCAAAAACAACAAACAAUACGGUUUCACGAUCGCCAUCAAGGAGCUGGUGAAUACCGUGCCCAACUUGUUCCGGUAUACCAAAGCGUUCAUUCGGGAGUAUGAUAUCCAGCUUCCGGAUGCUUGGUCGUUUGUUGCUGAGCGUCACAAUGUGUUUCAUGGCCAAAAUAGCAAACAUUAUGCUAGUGUCACCAAUCGGAAAGAGUUUUGGAAGAAGCUGGAAGAACGUGUGCCGAUGUACGAGGCGCUGAAGCUAUCACACAAGAACCUGGACUUAAUUGAUCAGCACUCGCUGGACAAAUUGGUCGAUCAUAGUAAUAAACGAGGGUUGCUGGCAGCCGCUAAGAACCAAUUUGACGGGUCGCGCUAUAAUUUAUGUCAUUUUUGGUCCAACUUUGAGAUUGCGCGUACGGAUCUGUUCACCAGCGAGCAGUAUCGACAAUAUUUUGACUUCCUGGAGUCGUCGCAAGGGUUUUUCGUUGAGAGGUGGGGAGAUGCACCGAUCCAUUCGUUGGCUGCCGGAAUGUUUUUGAAUCUUUCAAACAUACAUUAUUUCCGCGAUAUCGGCUACAAGCACUCCACUUUGGGCCAUUGUCCAAAAAAUUCGCCGAAUCAGUUGCCGUACGAGGAAGGUGAGCGGUACAAAAAGGUGUAUCACAGUCUUGACGAGGAGUAUUGGGCGAAAGCGGAUGCUCCAGCCAUCAACGGGGCUGGCCACGGGUGUCGAUGCCGAUGCCCCUCCGACCACGAGGAGAUUGAAAACUCUGGCGGGUCUUGCAUUGCACAAUGGGCCAAGCUUACAGACGACGAGCGGAUGAAAAAGGGCUCUGUUCUGGAAAAUGACAUAAUUCUAGAUCUGGAUGCAAUCGAGAAGCGGGCUGUGCAGUUUUAUGAGGAGCAUUUGGCUGCGCACAAAGGAGAUGGUAGCAAAUGGAAGCUAACAGCAGCAAACAUCAAGGAGCUCGAAAAGCUACAGAUAAAGGGUGGUGUUCGUGAUUCCUAA